AUGGCUUCCGUUCUCACAGACCCAAUCCCCCAGAAGCCCAUCAAAGAAGAAGAUCCUGAACAUUUCAUUCCGCUCGAUCUCUCUGGAAAGAAUAUCAUUAUACACUACAACGAGUUCGAAGCCAAGGGCGUCAGAGGGACCCAUGUUGUUGCUGUGAAUGACGUCUUUGUAGGGCAUGUCCUAGCGCAUAUACUCAGCCGUCCUAUUCGCAGGGCUUGGAAAGAAAAACUUGCUCCACAAGGUACAGUCGUCCGCUUCAUUGUGGAUGAUAAAGGGGAGUUUACCUCUAGCCGCUACGUCAUUGUGACUCAAGACGGAAAGGUCAACUUCAUCACAGUGGAAGAGCAGUCUGCGAAUAUCACUUCCACCGCUGAGAACGUUGUGAUCACUCAACUCUAA